AGUAAGUGUAAAUUUUAUAUUCUUACUAUAAUAAACUAUUAACUGGAUCCUCUUGCUUAACUAAAAAAUAUAAGAUACAUUUAUCACUUUUUGUUAUUUAAUAACAAUUCCAAAUUCAGACAAAAAUAAUAACAAACAACGCCAGUUUUAUAAUUUUAUCUCAAAACAAAAAUUAUGUCUACAUUGUUGAAUGUUAAAUUGCGAAUGGGUACAGAUAUUACUAUCAAUAAUGCAAAGGUGUAUGUAGAAGUAGAAGAUCCUGUAUCUAUUCUGAAACAAAAAAUAUGCACGCUCGAUAAAGACUUGAAUGUUGACGACAUUGAACUCGUUUACAUGGGCGUUGUAAUGGAAGACCACGAAGCACUUGGUAUUUAUGGUGUAUUGCAUGGUAUUACUGUGCAUGCAUUCAAAAAAGUUAAAUAUGACACACAUAUUGCUCCCAAAGAGCUUACUGAAGUCGAAUUGCUUAAAUUAGGAGUUGCAUUUCGGUCACUUUCAUUAAACUAUAAUUAUAAAAAUGCUUUAUCGAAGUUAAGUAGACCUGAAAUAAUAUUAAAUAUCAUCAUGACCACUCCAGCCUUGAGUCAUGAUCCUGUAGCAAUUACGUUACUACAGCACUCAGAACUAUUGGUGAGACUCGGUGAUCUAGAAAUUAUAAAACGAAUUGCUGAAAAUCAUCCUGCUUUGGUUGAGGCCACACAUCAUAUAGCUGCUGCUGUGCACGAAGAAACUUUACAAAUGCAGAACAAUCGUGGUGAUAGACACUAUCUACCACCAUCACUCCUAUCCAACUUGACGGACAUUAGUGAUGAUGAAAUUGAAGAUAUGGAAGAUUCUUCACCAGAGUCAAGUAGUCAGUCCGUAUCUAGAAGUGAAUCGUUUGCCAUAACAGCUGCUCAAUUGGCAGCAGCAAUAGCAAGAGCCACGCCUCAAGAUUUUCAACUGCCACAAAAUUUACCCGGCACAAGUAGUAGCACAUCAACUGCCAACACAUCGACUGCCAGCACAUCAACUGGAAUAACAAGAGAUAUGUUGCGUUCAGUUAUUGGUGAUUUACAAAAUCAACCAGCAUCUAACAGUCCUAAUUUACAAACUCAAGUACAAAAAAUGAGAGACAUGGGCCUUUCUAAUGAUGCAAUUAACAUUGAAGCAUUACGUGUUAGUAAUGGAGAUUUGGCAGCUGCUAUAGAAUUAGUAUUAAGCGGCUUUAUGAAUGAAGAUUAAACUUUCUUAUUUAGUAAUAAAAAUUUAUCUAAAAAUAUUUAAAUAGUUUAUGUAAAUGUAAUUACCUAUAAAAUACAAAUUAUAUAUAUAUA